AUGGAUCAUUGUGUGAAAAUUUGGCGUCUGAACACACCGGAACUAGCCAAUGCAGUGAUUGACUCGUUCUCCUAUCGAGCGAGGUCCAAUCCAAAGUUUCUCUUCGCUCUCUCCUCGAAUCCCCACUAUGACAUGCAAUUUCAAAGGCCAUUUCCGGUCCUGAUUCAACACUUUCCGGAGUUCAGCUCUCGCGAUGUUCACGGGAAUUAUGUGGAUUGUGCACGUUGGUUUGGUGCUCUGGUCAUAUCCAAAUCGUGCGAGAAUAGUGUGGUUUUGUGGAAACCCGGCACAUUGGAGGACAGUAGCAGCAGCAGCAGCACCACCACAACAACGAUCACAAACAAUCCAUUCCCGGCCAGCACACCCGUUCCAUUCACGGAUGUCGGUGGUCUCCGAUUGCCCAGUCGAUUGCAACCGAUCUGUGGACAGUUGGGUUCAACCACGGGGAUGCAUGCAAUGCCUGGUGUUCCAACGGAACACAAAACUAGUAUUAUUCAUCAACUGAAAGCACCGGACUGUAAUCUAUGGUAUAUUCGAUUUGAUGUGGAUUUGGACAAUCAGGUUUUGGCUUUGGGCACGGGGACCGGGAAUUCACGAAUCUAUUUGUGGGAUUUGUCCUGUCCGGAGAUCGCAUUAAAUUUGCCCGCCCAAGUGUUGCACAUUCCCGGACUGACUGGGGCCGGAGCCGGUGGGAUCCCGAUCGCGCAUAGCGCAAUCCGACAAACGCGUUUUGCAAACGAUGGGAAAACUCUGAUCUGUGUCGGGGAUAAUGGCCUUAUUGUUCGUUUUGACAAAGUUUGA